AUGGCGAAUAGAUUCGGCGCAUCCUCCCUUCAUCAACGCGAUCCGCGCAGUGCGCUUUUUGAAAAUUAUAAUGGUGGUGCGGGUUUGAGGGAUGGGAAUAGAAAUGGGAGUGCGAAUUCGAGUCCGGCGCCGAGGAGGUAUGGGUAUACUGGGGGUGGUGUAGGAGGAUAUUCCGGGGGAGGAGGAGGUUAUGAUGGGGGUUAUGGGGAGAGGGAAGAUAGAAGCGGAAGUGCCGGGGGUUUUAGGUCGGCAACCCCGAAUAGUAGCGAUGCGGUCCUCAACGAACUGGAGAGUCAGAAUAAUGAUCAAGUAGAGGGAAUAAUGGGAAAAGUCCGACAAUUAAAAAGUAUGACCAUAGCCAUCGGCGACGAAAUCCGCGAAUCCUCGGCGCUGGCCGAAAAAAUGAACGAUAAUUUCGAAGGAGCACGUGUUCGUAUUCGAGGAACUAUGAAUCGAAUGUUGAUUAUGAGUCAGAAGACGGGGGUUAGUUGGAAAAUUUGGUUGUUGUUUUUUGCGGCGGUUUUUGGUUUGUUUUUUUGGGUUUGGGCUUUUUGA